CCUUACCUUACAGGUGAGAUGAUGUUUUUCAGGUUCUCUUCUGCGACAUCUCCACCGAGGCCGGCAAAGCAGUUGAAUGCGAACUGCAGGCAAAAAUAUGGCGUCGACAAUGUUAUCUUCGUUAAAGCUGAUGUCACGGUUGAGGAAGAACUCGACAGCGGCAUUUGAAGAGCUGCAGUUUCCAAGUUCGGCGCUGUGGACAUCUGUGUCAACAAUGCCGGCAUUAUGGACGAGAGGAUCUGGGACAAGAUGUUGGCUGUUAACACGGUGUCACACAUCCGGGGCAGUCUGCUAGCGCUCGAACACAUGCGCAAGGACCGAGGCGGUCGAGGAGGUGUCAUCAUUAACAUAGUUUCCUUUGCAGGUCUGUUUCCGUUCUUUUAUUGUCCCGCCUAUUGUGCGUCUAAACAUGCCAUGAUUGGAUUCACUAGAAGCUGGGCUAUUAGCCCGGAGCAGCCAGAUCACGGGGUCAGGUGGUGCUGUCUGUGCCCGCAGGCAGCUGACACCGAGCUGAUGGUCUUCCGCGAAGAUCGCAUUUACAUGAAGGACGCCAUCAUCCAGCGAAAUGAAGAGAAAGGUUUGCUUCCAAUUACCCAAGUAGUAGAAGCUUUUAUGAAGCUGGUGCUAGACCCAGACAACAACGGCGCCAUCUUGGAGGUUACCAGGGAGAACGGAGCGCGCUACCGGAAAACGACAAAUGGUGGACCCUGACGGUGUCUCCAAUCCAGUUCUAGUUGACAAAGACUGAUUUACAGUCGGUCUCCUGGUAUUGGUGACAGCCACACCAUUACAAUCUCGCGCCUGGUCACAAGCACAUAAAUACCACAGCUCACUGAUGUCAACAAUCGUGUUGUUUACAACAUAUCCGUUGUCAAUGCUACACAUAUAAUAAUGUAGGCUGCAUCCGCAAUACGCAUAUUUGACUUAGGAAUGAUCGCUUACAGCUUACAUGCUUAUGCUGAAAUGUCUCUAUAGAAAAACAAAUAAUCUUUAAAGAUAUUGACAAAACGAAUAUCAACAAAUGCAUUAUGAAUAAAAUAUAAUACUCAAUAUUAAAAA